UACGAGGGAGUGGACGAGGGGAAAGCUGACGGCUACUGUAACUCACUGCAUGAGAGGAGCGUCGCUGAAAUCGUCUGAAUACAAUACACAAGUAACCUGCGCUUUUCUAUCCGUAUAAAUCUUGGACCUUCUGUCUGGUGCUUCUGUUUGAGUUUUUUGUGCAUUUCUCUGUGAAAUAAGAGUAGGCUAUUUCGAGAGCUGCCUUGCAAAUAAUUUCUCUUCCGUCUUUCUGGGACUUUGUAGUUAAUGUCUGAGGAUUCAACCCCAGAACGCAAUAAUGUAACUGAAUCAAAUACUUCUUUUUUUCCCGGGACAAAUAGGCCUAGCUACACAGUGUUGAUUGAAGCAACCGAUUGAGACAGUCAUACGCUCGUGUUCCAAGUGAGGAUCAGCUCAAAGCAUAUCCAAAACGUAUUACUGUUCCAAUGGAUUCCUGAAAAGGGGCGUACCAUAUGCAAGAACCAGACAUUGCGGGCAGAUCAUUCUACUACAUUCUGUACUGUAAAGUUGACUGGCUGCUGGAACUAGAAAUGUAUGUUAGAAUAGCACCAUUUCUUUGACCCGAUUAAAUAUUUGAAUGUGCAUGUUUUUAAAAGAAAACAGUGUUUCCACAUGCUCUUAUUGGAAUAUUUGGAAAUACGAUUUGAUUACUUUGUAUUAUUUUCUACCACGGCUGGAACAAGCGUUGCUAUGCAGAUCAUGCACUGUUGGCCAAUGUUAGCGAUACAUUUGAUCGUCUGACACCAUAUCUCAUUUUAGGGGAUAUCUUUUAGGCUGUCUCAACCAACUAUUGGAAAUGUAUUUUGCUUAAACAGCUUUUUGGAUAUUACAAAACCAUGAUGGCAAACGAGAAUCCUUAUAACAGUCGCUUUAUUGUCGAAAAAUACAUCCAUCACAAACUGUUGAAAGUGGGAUUUGUAUGGAAAUUUCAAGGAGAAAACGAUUCUCCAAAUAAUGGCUUUGGGGACCCCUCUACACCCAACUCCCCCGAAGUUUUUGCACGGAGGUCCCAGCCCACUGCCGCGGGAGAGGACACCGACUCUCCUUACCAAAACAGGAGUCCGCAACCUGACCCACAUGCCAGGCUCCACAGGGUCCUGCGCGAGGCGGGUGGCGAGAUUGAAAGAAUGUAUCAGCGGGACUUUGCAGAGAUGUCGGGGCAGUUGCAUUUUACACCCAGCACGGCACAGAGAAGGUUUACCGCUGUAAUAGAUGAGCUCUUCAGCGACGGGGUAAACUGGGGUCGGAUUGUGGCUUUCUUUGAGUUUGGAGGGACAAUGUGCGUGGAGAGCGUCAACCGGGAGAUGACGUCCCAAGUAGACAACAUCGCUCGUUGGAUGACGGAGUACUUAAACGGACCCCUACAGAACUGGAUCCAGGAGAAUGGUGGCUGGGACGCCUUUGUGGAGAUCUAUGAGCAGCAGAGGAUCUCUCACUCCUGGCCGUACUUAAAGACAGUGUUCGGCCUGGCCGCCCUGGGAGCCGCCGGAGUCACCAUCGGAGCCUUGUUCACCCAGAAGUGAUCCAAAAGGCCCCAGAAGACCCCCCCCCCUCGUCAAUCGCCUGCUACCAGAUGAAGGCUCCUUACCCAGUAGCCCCCCCCCCCAAAAGGCCCCAGUAGCCCCCCCCCCCAAAAGGCCCCAGUAGCCCCCCCCCCCCCCAAAAGGCCCCAGUAGCCCCCCCCCAAAAGGCCCCAGUAGCCCCCCCCCCCCACAAAAGGCCCCAGUAGCCCCCCCCAAAAGGCCCCAGUAGACCCCCCCCCCCAAAAGGCCCCAGUAGCCCCCCCCCCCCCCCCCCCCCCAAAAGGCCCACAGCAAGUUUUCUUUCCAAAAAACUGUCAGCCUAUAACUUUGCUGUGCGCAGACUACAAUAUUUCGUCUCUCGUUCCCAUCACCUUCUUUUUUCCUCAUGUAUCUUUGACAGCACCUCACAGCUUAGCACUGCCCAGCCUGGGCCUGUAGCCUGGUUCUAUCCCAGAGCUCCCGGCUCUUCAAAUGAAACUGCACAACUCUGUUACUCCCCAACUGCCAACGGAACAGUUCUUUCAUACUCUAUGACCCAUCCUCCUGCGAAAUGAAAAGUACAGCCUUGUAUAUGCACACACACACAGGUAGAUGCACCCAUGCAUAUUCUAUACUACUGUAGGAGCUUAACAACAAGGAACAUCUAUGGAAAGAUUGCAUACAUACUUGUUGGAUAAUUAUACACUCAUACAUAGACACACACCAACAGACACAAUGAAUAUUGCAUUUUGGAGGUGAACAUAUUCACACAAACUCAAGCGUGCGUUCUCACAACCAAAUGACUUGUAUGAUAUAUGGUUAAUGAACAUAACACAACAAGUGAUUGUUUAUCCAUAAACUGAAAAACAAACUUUUUUUUUUUAGAUAACUGUUUUCAGCAUGAUUCUGUGGUACAUGUAACAUUGUAACAUUGACACUGACCGAAAGGUAAAACAAAAACAAGCAAAAAACAUCCCAAAUGUACAGUACACACCCAGCUUCCAUCGCCAGCAUGUGUGGUGAAGGUGGCCAUUUUUGCCAGUGUCCAUGUAUGCAUGAUGACUUUUGAUGACAUGGAGCACGUUUAGCAGAAUGAUUGGUUCGGACAAAGUCAGGGUUGUGUUCAGUGGGCCCGAAAUGGAAGAGAACGGCCCAAAACCAGGAGUUACAAUCCAAACUUGUCCAAUAAGAAAUGCUCCUUUUUUGUUUUUCGGCCUAUUAAACACAGCCUAGGUGUUUUUCUCUGUGUUUGGUUGGUGAAAGCUCACUGUACACAAACCCCCCAAUGGAACUUCAAUCAACAGAUGAAUUCCUUAUUAAAGCGCUGAUUCAUCCUCCCUGUUUCUCUCUUUGUGGAACUAAUGUUGACAAGGAGUUUCUCUCACUUAUGUUCUGAGGGUAGGAGGCCCUUUUCAAGCACGCCUGAAUGUAAUUAGCCGGUCCCUUCCCCUUGACCCAAACCCUUCCUGUUUCUGUGUGAGCAGAAGGUGUUGAGAGAACCUAGAUAAGCGUCAUGUGGAGCAUCAUGACUUUCGCUGACCCACCUGGGAAAGGCCUUUCUCCCAUUGGAUGCUCCACAGAGAAAAGACUGUUAAUCCCAAGCAGCUGUUUGUGUGUGUGUGUGUGUGUGUGUGUGUGUGUGUGUGUGUGUGUGUGUGUGUGUGUGUGUGUGUGUGUGUGUGUGUGUGUGUGUGUGUGUGUGUGUGUGUGUGUGUGUGUGUGUGUGUGUGUGUGUGUGUGUGUGUGUGUUAACAGAGGAGCUACUGAAGCUGCUAUGGGAAAACAAGGUUGAUAGGGCUUUAGUUUAGUGAUGGUCCAGAAUCCCCUCCACCUCCCAACCAAGGUCACAUAUUGGUGCAUUCCACAGGUGUGCUUCUGCUGUUACUAUUCUGCUAUUACACUCACCCUCUUAGCUACAGCAUCUGCUCUUCUCUCUCAACUUAUUGUCUUUAUCGCCCCCUUUUCUUCACUUUUUCUCUGUCUCACACACACACACACACACAUGCACGCACGCACGCAGACAGCCAGACAGACAGACAGACACAGACACAUUCUCUCAUUCUCUCUCUCUCUUUCUCUUUCUCUCUCUCUCCCAUUCUAUCUCAUACAUACACACAACUCAUUAUUUCUCUCUCUCUCACACUCACGGCUCAUUCUCUCUCUCUGACACACACACUCACGGCUCAUUCUCUCUCUCUCUCUCUCACACGCACAGACGCACACACACACACACAACUCAUUCUCUCUGUCUCUCUCUCCCUCUCUCUCACAUAUGCUCAUUCUCUCUCUCAUACACACACACAGUCGACUCAUUCUCUCUCUCACACACACACACGGCUCAUUCUCUCUCCAUCUCUUUGUCACUAUCUCUAUCCCACUCUCUCACCCCCUCGUUUCCUGGCUUGUAAUUCUUAAUUGGCUAAAGCUAAGCCCAGACAAACAAACAUAUGGUACAGUGAUAAUGGCACAUUACAGUGAUAAUGGUUUUUUUGUAAAUGUUUUUUUUUAACCAAAUCUGUCUGCUGCCACUUCCACCCAAGAGAGAGACGCAUCGAUCACCUGGUAUCAUAUAACAACCCAAUGAUGGGAGGGUUGAUUUCCCAUCAGUGGAGGCAAAGACACUGAGGCACCACUCUUCCCAUCAGGGAGACAUUUAAUUUUUAAAGCCUCUUAUUGGACAGAGCUGGUGUUCCAUGGCCUCUGGUUGGUUACUUCCGAUGUCUAAUGAAACUGCUGUCAUUGGACCUUCUGAAUUGCUAUGUCCUGAAAAGCAGGGGUCGGUUCAGAAGGGUACAAGGCUAGGAUUAAGAUAGAAAUGUAUUGUGUAUCUUGAGGUGAGAUAAAUUAGACUGCAACCCUGAAAGUCCAGUUGCAAUGUCAUUACAAAUAAUGCUGUGUAGUUUGCAUAUAGUAUAUUAACUACAGGUUGUAGGAUACACCAUAGGGUAAAUCUUUUGACUGUUUCUGACGAUUGUGUGAUAAGACUGUUGAAGCUGAACAUAUAAAGGACGCUCCAAAAAAGUAUUGUUUGGCAGCUUUUUGUUUUCCAACUGCUCCCUCUCUUAUCUGGUUCGACCGAUCAGGUCAUUCAUUUUCCCACUGCUCCCUCUCUUAUCUGUCUCGACUGAUCAGGUCAUUCAUUUUCCCACUGCUCCCUCUCUUAUCUGGCUCAACUGAUCAGGUCAUUCAUUUUCCCACUGCUCCCUCUCUUAUCUGGCUCGACUGAUCAGGUCAUUCAUUUUCCCACUGCUCCCUCUCUUAUCUGGCUCGACUGAUCAGGUCAUUCAUUUUCCCACUGCUCCCUCUCUUAUCUGGCUCGACUGAUCAGGUCAUUCAUUUUCCCACUGCUCCCUCUCUUAUCUGGCUCGACUGAUCAGGUCAUUCAUUUUCCCACUGCUCCCUCUCUUAUCUGGCUCGACAGAUCAGGUCAUUCAUUUUCAUUUGAACUUCCAUUGUCUUUUUUUUGUUUCGAUCCUCAGUUUUCACAGUUUACCUUGCUACUCUGUAGGCUACGUGAUAAAUUGCAAAGCUGGGGAAAUCCUAUAACACUGAUCAUAGCUACAUUUUAAUUUGCUUUUACUCAUUAGACCGCAGAGGUCCAUGAGACGUCUUCCUAAAGCUGAGAUUGGAGUGAGUAAAAAUAGCAAAAAUAUAACAGACACAAAAUAAUUGAUGAAUCAUGAUUUCCAUGUGGAAAUAUCAAAAUAUAUAAAGACAGACUUAAAUACGAUGCACAUGCGUCUCGAGUAUGGCAGUAUCAGUGAUAGCAAUACUAUACUGCAGUUCAUGGUCUUGUAUCAUCAGGAAAAUGUCUGCAAUGCAGAGUGGUGUGAUGAGAUCCAUCAAGAUCUCCAACUGCACUGAAGAUUACAAAUAUGUUAUUGAACUAAAGUCUUUUUUAGUUUUUCCUCUCUUCAGCACGAAACAAAAUAAGAUUUGAACAGCACAUAGGGAUUGAUUAGUUACUGGAUAUUGAUCUGAACAAACAACAUGAAGAGGUGAUAGUCAGCCUACCAAUCGUACCAAAACAUGAGUGAGGGCUAGGUCUACAAACCACGGUUUGUGUUUAAUUGAUAUUUAUGUGUUUAAUUGAUAUUUCACUGCCAAGGCAGGAGUAAUUUUGAUAAUCUGUACACAGAGCUGCUAGUAUUUGAUUGUUCCACAUUGUAUUAUGUCUAUGUUGAAGAAGCCACAUGAGAAUUAAUGAGGUGAGAUGAAAUUAAAGAGAGUCAGAUAUGGAAAUAAACAAGAGAAAAUGUUA